AUGGUAUCCCCCGACGAUGCCGCGGCCGUGAUCUCCGACUCCCUAAACGACUUCUUCAGCCAACUGUACACAUUCUUCGAAACGAUCAUCCGCCGCUUCUGCACAAACUUCUACAACUCCUUCGCGGAAGUUAGCGUCAAUCGAUGGACAAAGGUCGCCCUCUCUGUUGUCGGCUACAUCCUUAUCCGUCCCUACAUCGAAGCUUUAUUCAAGAAGAUGCAUGACCGGGACCGCAAGAAACAACAGGAGAAGGAGCGCGCCAAGGCCGCUGCCGCGGGGAAGAAGAAGAAGGCAAAGGUUUCGCCGAAUGCGCUGCGCGGUGCUGGUGCCGCGGAGGGGGGUAAGGUGCUAGGGGAGGUGGAGAACACGGAUGACGAGAUCGAGGAGGAUGCAGAGGAGUUUGCGGCUGCGAGUGGGGUGCCGGAGUGGGGGAAGAACGCGAGAAAGAGGAUGAAGAAGCAUCGCAAGAAUUUGGAGAGGGAGUCUGCGGAGCGGGAUGGCGAGAAGUUGUCCGAGGACCAGAUUAUGGAGUUGUUGGAUUGGAGUGACUCUGAGGGAGAAGGCGAGAAGAAGAAUCAGGCUUAA